AUGAUUGGGUACCUCCACCGCUGCCUCCUCCUCCUCUUCCUCCUCCUUUUUCUUCUCCUCCUCUUCCUCACCAUCAUCACCAUCAUCUUCCUCCUCCUGCUCCUGCCGCUGCUGCUUCUCCCCCCGUUCCCUUGGAGCGGACCAUCCUGGUGCCUCUUUUGUGAAGUGGCGGCUGAGGAGACCGCGGGACUCGCCAUGGCCGACGAAAAGCCGAAGGAAGGAGUCAAGACUGAAAACAACGACCACAUUAAUUUGAAGGUGGCAGGGCAAGAUGGUUCAGUGGUGCAGUUUAAGAUUAAGAGGCACACACCACUUAGUAAACUAAUGAAAGCCUAUUGUGAAGGACAGGGUUUGUCAGUGAGGCAGAUCAGAUUCCGAUUUGAUGGGCAACCAAUCAAUGAAACAGACACACCUGCACAGUUGGAAAUGGAGGAUGAAGAUACAAUUGAUGUAUUCCAGCAGCAGACAGGAGGCACUUACUAAAAAGAAUCUACAACUCUUCUCCAGAACUGUGCUCCCAAGAAAAACAAUACAUUCACAAUUAGAAACCAAGAUUUGGUUCAUCCACAUCCUGACUACUGCAGUAUAGUUUUCUCUCUUCUUUGAUUCCCUUCCCCCAUUCCUUUAUUGUACAUAAAGUAACUGGUGUAUGCGCACAGGCAUAAUGCGUAUUUUUUUUUUAACUAAAUGGCCGAUGGUAUGUUUUGAUCAACAUCAAAUGGAGAUGGGGAGGGGAAAAAACAAAUUGGUUCUGUGAAAAUACCCCUUUUCUCCAUUAGUGGCAUGCUCAUUCAACUUUUAUCUUUAUAUUCCAGUAAGUUAUUUUGCUCUCACUGUUUAACAACAACAAAAAAAAACCCACAAAAAA